AUGUUUGAGGAGAUAGUAGAGAGCCUCUUCACGACGUAUUUCUCCUUUAACAAACAUUCACAAGUCACUCUUGGAUUCAACGAUUUACCGUUUCCAGCCAUCACACUCUGCAAUAUUAAUCCUAUGAAACAUUCGAAGCGGCAUUUGGCGUCUGAUGAGCUGCAAUCGAUCAUUGAAGCAGCGGAUCCUGAUGCGAUUAAGAGGCUUGCGGGUGAAUGGAAACCAGAGUUCCACGAUGACGCGGACGAUUCUGAUGACAGGCUUCGUACUGGUAACUUCCUUGAUGACAUGAACGUAACCUUCAACUUUUCAAACCCACGGCUUGAUGCAGACAAUGUCCUAGAAAACUUGGACCUAGAUGGUUAUUCUGAUAGUUGGGAGGGAGAAGCAGAAAAAUCAACUUUCAGUUCUGUGCAAGAAGAUUUCAUAGAGUAUUUCAAUGCGGAAAACGCGAACUUCACGCUGCACCAGUCUGCGACGUACGGCAACUGCUACACGCUAAGCUACAGCAAGUUUAUUGCUCGGAAGAGUGGGCCUGCAAAAGGUUUGGAGUUGAUCUUGUUCUUGGAAACGGACGAUUACCUGCACGGGCUCACAAACGGGAAAGGGCUACAACUCGUGGUUCAUGAACAAGGAACACUUGCCUACCCUGAUGAACAGGGCAUCGCAAUCGAUGCUGGCACUCACACCUUGAUCGGCCUGAGACAGAACGAAAAGGAAUGUUCAGAAUAA